CUCUUUUCAUUUUUUCAUAAUGUAUCAGUUGACGAAGACUUUUGAAUUUCAAAGUCAAUCCUAUAUGGCAAAGCCAUCAUCUUGUUUCAUUUACAACUUCACCCCUCAGCCACACCCACAUGUAUAUAGAAGUGAAUUUCUGUCCAAACCUCAAAAACUUUUAUACAAUAUCUCGCGCGGUGAUGACUUGACCUUGGUUUGUGACUAAUACAAUCAUUAUCAUCCACACAACAUAUAGAAACCAACGAAAAGUUAUCAAGCACUACUAAAACAUAUUCGAAUAAGUUAAUGACGCGUAUGAAAAAAAUCUUACAAAAAUAAUAAAAAAAUUUACAAAACGUUCUUUCGAAUUUUCAAUUGUGUAUCAUAAUUUUUAUAUAGCUAGCUGAUUGUCAUUUCUAUUACUCUAUAAUUAAUGAUAUAACUUUCAACACAACCAGUAACAAAUAUCUACAGAGUACGUACGUUUCCCGAUGGAUACGCUCAUGAAGAUCAUCCUCUUCGUCUUCUAUUUCAUUCAAAUUAGUUACGGACAGUCUCUUCGGUACAACCCUGUGGACAACAUAACCAUCGACUGUGGCUCUUCCGGGAAAGUCAUGGCAGAAUAUCAACAGCGGAGCUGGACUGGAGACAUAGACUCCAAAUAUUUCUCCUUACUAGAAGGCUCAAACAAAGCUUCAGUCACCCUCCAAGCGGCGAACAGAAUAAGUGGUGAGGAUCCAGUACCUUAUGAGACAGCACGACUAUCAAAUUCCCAAUUCACCUACAUGAUACCAGUCACCCCCGGCCCAAAGUUUGUCCGAUUGUACUUCUUCCCAGCAACAUUCAAAGACUUCAACCGCUCAAAUGCCUUCUUUGAUGUUAGAAUCAACGAUUAUACUCUGCUAAGAAACUUCAGCGCUUCACUUACUUCUGAUGCUCUUCAAAUAGAUGGCAUAGAGAAAGAGUACGUUUUGACAGUUAAGCAGCAAUUCAUGAACAUAACUUUCACUCCAACUUCUUCUCAAGCAGGAGCUUUUGCUUUCAUCAACGGUAUCGAAAUAGUUUCCAUGCCCUCUAAUCUAUAUUAUUCAUAUGGUCUUGGCCUUGCUAUUGUGGGACAGGAAGGUCGUUUCUUCGACCUCUCGAAUGAAACUGCAAUGGAGACUAUGUAUCGAGUAAAUGUUGGUGGGAGCGCUAUCUCUCCUGUUGGUGACACCGGCUUGUUUCGUCAAUGGGACAAAGAAGAGAGCUUCCUGUUCGAUAAGGGGUUGAGCGUUUUACCAGUUAAUUAUAAUACGAGCCACAAGCUUAAAUACAAAGACGAUAAUAUUUCAUCUUUUGCAGCACCCGAAGAAGUCUAUAAGACUGGUCGGUCUACAGGAAACAAUCAGAAUAAAACACUACUCAGGAGCCACAAUCUUACAUGGAAAUUCUCUGUGGAUUCCAAAUUUAGAUACAUGUUGAGAUUGCACUUUUGUGAGAUAACCAAAGAGUUUACUGAAGUGGGUGAUCGGGUCUUUUAUAUUUAUAUAGCAGAUGAUCUAGUUGAGAAAAAGUUUGAUAUCAUCAAUUUCGCUCCGGGUCAAUAUGUACCUUACUUCAAAGACUACUUAUGGUUUGGUAAUAAUACUGAUCAAAAGAAAGUUAAUCUUUCUGUUGCUAUACAACCAAACCCAGAUGAUUACCGGACAACUUUUGUAGAUGCAAUUUUAAAUGGAGUUGAGAUCUUCAAAUUGAGCGAUAACAACCGUAUUCUUGCCGGUCUAAAUCCUGAUCCUACUCCUGUUAUUGCCAGGCCAUCCACAGAUCCGGAGAAAAAGAAAAGUAGUCUAAUUACUAUUAUUGGCGUCGUUUUAGGCGUUGCGGCCACGAUAGUUAUUAUCUCCGUCGUGGGAUUCUUCAUUAUCCGGCGUGGGAGAAAAGUCAAAUACGCAGCCAGCAGUUCGGACAAAACUUCUUGGUGGGGCCCAGUCUCAUUUAGCACGACCAAGUCAAGCAAAACACGUGGUUCAUCUUCAUUACCGUCCGAUUUGUGUCGCUACUUUUCAUUGGCUGAGAUUAAAGCCGCCACAAACAACUUUGAAGAAAUUUUCAUUAUUGGAGUUGGAGGGUUUGGUAACGUGUACAAAGGCUACAUAGACAAUGGGACCGUCCAAGUCGCCAUCAAACGACUGAAACCGGAAUCAUCACAAGGAUUCAACGAGUUCAAAACUGAGAUUGAGAUGCUCACUCAUCUCCGCCAUCGCCACCUUGUUUCUCUGAUUGGCUACUGCAACGACGACCGUGAAAUGAUCCUCGUUUAUGACUACAUGGCUCAAGGGACCCUCCGAAGCCAUCUCUACAACACCGAAAACGGACCCAUCGAGUGGAAACAACGGCUCGAGAUAUGCAUCGGAGCGGCGCGUGGUUUACACUACCUCCAUACGGGUUCCAAAUACACGAUCAUCCACCGUGACGUGAAAACGACAAAUAUUUUGCUGGAUGAGAAAUGGGUGGCAAAGGUUUCCGAUUUCGGGUUAUCAAAAACGGGUCCCACUGGAAUGUCUAAGGCGCACGUUAGCACAGUGGUGAAGGGUAGUAUUGGGUAUUUGGAUCCGGAAUAUUAUAAGCGUCAACAGCUGACUGAAAAAUCCGACGUGUACUCAUACGGUGUCGUUUUGUUUGAAGUUCUUUGUGGUAGGCCACCAAUAGUAAGAAACGCAGAGAAGAAACAAGUAAGCUUAGCGGAGUGGGCCCGUAAUUGUCAUCAUAAGGGGACACUUGAUCAGAUCAUCGACCCACAUUUAAGGGGUAGGAUUGCCCCAGAGUGCUUAAAAAAAUAUGGCGAUAUUGCAGUGAAUUGUCUUCUUGAUAAUGGUACCGAAAGACCUUCGAUGAACGACGUCGUGUGGGGCCUUGAAUUUGCAAUGCAGCUACAGAAGAACGCUGAGGAUAACGACAGCAUUGGUGGUGGAUUAUCUAUAAUAAAGAAUGAGAGUAAGAAUGAGGAUAAGGACAAGGACGACGUCGGUUUAAUGAAUAGUAAUAAUAAUAGCGACUGGGAGAGGGAGUAUGGGACUGAGUCAAAAAGUAGUGGCAUGUCUAAACUACUCAGCAGUUGUAGUGGGGAAGAUUCUAGUACGAAGGAGUCCAUGAAAGGGUUGUCUGGGACUGUGUUCUCCGAGAUUUAUGAUCCGAAAGGGAGGUGAUUAAUGAAAGGGUUAAUGGUUUUUCGUUAGGAUAGAAUAUAAUUAAGUAAUUGGUUUUCUAUAUUGUUGCACUUUCUUUGUGUAAGUAGUAUUUUAUAUUUAAUAAAAAGUCCAAAAUAAAAGCGGGUAAAAUUUUGCAA